AAACUGGGAUCGGGACACAAACCGGGAUGGGGACCGAAGCAGGGACAGAAAGCGGGACCGGGACAGAAAGCGGGACCGGGACAGAAAGCGGGACCGCGAUCGGAGCACGGCCCGGCCGUCCCGCUGCGCAGCAGGAAGGAGAAGCAGCACAACAUGAAGCCCAAACACCCCGACGAGCAGGAGAUCCCGUUCCGCCUGCGGGAGCUCAUGCGGAGCCGCGAGGCCCUGAAGCGCCCAGAGCCCGGGAAGAGGCAGGUGGCAGAGAAGAAGCAGCAGCAGAAAUCCAAGGCCCCCAAGGCCCCUGGGGACAUCUCUGUGCCCAAAUUCCGGAGGGGCAAGGGGGAGUCGGAGCGUUCCUACAUCUGCCGCAUGGAGCAGGAGGUGCAGCACGUCCUCUUCCUCACGGAGAACCAGCUCCAGAGGGAGCCUGAGAAGGAGGCGACGGCUCCAGAGAAAUCCAAAAGGAAAAAAGAGUUUCAGAAAAGGAAGCUGGAAAAAGCUCGGAAGAAAAAGGAGGAGAAGAAGGAGGAUAUGCUGGAGAAGAGCCUGUUGCAAGACACGGUGCCCUUCGGAGAAGUGGUGACACAGCCACCCACCAUCACCUCACUGCCCAGGGGACGGGGUCCUGCCCAGCAGGCUGGGUGGAAGCAGCUCCUCCUGACACCUCGCCUGGGCCAGAGCCAGGCGUCCCCCGUGUCCCUGGUGUCCCCGGUGGUGUCGAUGGCUCGCCGGCGCAUCCUGGAGGAGGAGCGGGUGCGCGUCAUCCGGGCCUACAGGGACAUCCAGAGGCGCAAACAGCUGGAGCGGGAGCGUGCCCAGGCCGGUCCGGGCUGAGGACCUUGGGACUGGAGAGGGGACAUUGUGUCACUGCUGAGCCCUGGGGCUUCCCACAGCUCCACACUCCACGGCUCAGCACCGGAGCGGGGUCCCUGCGGUGCCAUGGACACGCUUGGAGUAAAAAGUGCCAGUGGGA